AUGGGAGCUCCCAAGUCGCCAACUAGCACGGUUAAUGCUACAUCAUGUAGCUGCAGUGACGACCUGAUUGCAGAUGGUGAUGAAUCUGCUGAAAUUUUUUUGACGGUUUCAUACACACGGCGCCGGUAUACCUUCCUGGUCAGAUACCACAGCCCUUUUGGGCCCCGAGAUACGAUCAACGGGGUGAUAUCCGGCAACCUGAAGGAGAGUGGUUGGGGCCACCAACUUUGGUGGAGGAGCUCCAGCUCGUGCAUUGGCAUCGUGCCUGAGUUUCAAGUCGGGUUUGGUAUCCUAGAUCCGGACGAGACCGGAAGCCCCGACCUGAACGCCCUCGCAGAUAUCAUUGCAGAUGUAGUUUUCCCAGCGUUCAUGCAACUGGCACUGACGCAAGCGACGGAGAGCUUUGGCGGGAAAUAUGAGCAGGAAUCGUCGAAGUCGUCGAUAACGAUCGCGGUAGAUCUCUUGCCGGGGCGUUACGAGGAGAAAUAG